AGCAAGGAAAUGAAACUAACUUGCUGGCAUUUUCAACAGGACUCAGUCUGUACUCUUCUCUGACAAGACUGCACACUCCUGAGACUAUGUAUGGUGCAGCAGGAAGGGGUGAAGGCAGUAAGCACAGGGCAGCUGCCUUUAAUGCCAGCUCCUUCUCUAGGGGUUAUCAAGAGUGGGAGAAUGACAAGGAAACAGAGGGAGCUGAAGAUACCCAGAGCCAGUUAACUUCUGCAGAAGAACCGCGGGGCCAAAUGUCAUGCAGCCAAAAGCAACAGGAACAAUACUGCAAUGCAUAUGUCUUGGUACCACCAAAUGAAACUAGAAGAAAUAAGUUACAGAGAAUUGCUAAGAAAGAACUGGAAGAUCUGGAGAGGUGGAAGGAACAGCACAGGUCAGGACCAAUUAAUUUGACACCACAGAGAUUGGGUGGAAGAAUAUCGGAGGCUGAAGUAAGACAAAAACAACAAAUCAACCUCAUGCAAUCUAAAUAUCAGCAAAAGCUUAAGAGAGAAGAAUAUGCACGAAUCAAGAGAGAAGCUGAAGAAGCUGAAAUCCAGAAAAAGAAAGCAAUUCAAAGAGAAAAGGCUGAGAAACUGGAAGAAAAAAGAAGGCAAGAAGAACAACAAAGAAGAGAAAUGUUUUAUGAAGAUCGGAGUCUCAAAACCAAUGAAUUAUUGAACAGAUUGGACUUAAGGUUGCCAGAGAGAAACUCCUGUCAAAUUGCUAAUCGUGGCCCAGAAUCUACAGCCUGGAGUGAAUUACUGGAAGUCAAACGAAAGCAGGAAGAGGAAAAAAGAACAAAAGUGCAUCAAAACGAACAUAGAAGGGUAAAUAAUGCUUUUCUGGACCGACUGCAAAACCAAAAUCAAGUGCGUGGCACCUACCAAUCUGGAUAUUUUGGGAGCGUGGAUCAUUUUGAUGGUGACAGCUGGGAGUCCAGAUAUUUCGAGUAAAAAAUUAAUUGUUUGAAAAAGGGGUUGCAGAAAUGUGUGCUGCUUCUGUCUGACCUUGGCUAAUUGGCUUUGCUGGAAUGUUUUCUUUUAUAAUUCUGAUUUCACCCUGACUUCAGCUUCACACCCACUUCAGUGAGCAAUCUGCAGUGACCAAUUUCUCAUUGUCAUAUUCAUGCAUAUUUGAAGCAGUUGAUUUUGAAAGCCAUAUUUAAUUUUUAAUGAUGGCAAAAUGUAUCAUUAUUUUUUUCAUAAUUUGUUUUGUCUUUUGUGGGAUGUAAUUAUACUGGUCGGGGGGAUCUUACAAAGGAAGAAAUGUUAGCAGAUUCUGUGGCUCUGAGAGCUGCAGGAAUAAUCCAUCGCUGUAUUCCACUAUAUAGUUAACCAAGAAUCUGACAUCUUGCAUCUUGGGAGGUUUCUGUAAAUUUUUACUUGGUGUUUAGCAGCUGAGAUUCAGGGAUCAGAUGUAGUACACACAGUACACACACACUACUUUGUGUGCAUAUAUUGUAAAUAUCACUUUUACUUUUCAAGGAUUUUUAAACAGGUAAAAAGUAUAAAUAAAAUUUUGACUAAUUUUAGUGUAAUGUAAUUU